AUGAGGACAUUGUGUCGGAAUGUGGACAGGGAAGACGCGCUGGAGACGGUGCUGGAGGUUCCGAUCCCGGAGGAAAUGUUUGUCUCGGACAAGGGAAGUAAUAAAUCGUGGCAGAAUCUGAAGGCCUGGAUGGCGGCGUCGCCACAGGUGGUGGAGAGAAGCGGCGCCGCCGCUGCUAUGGCAGAGGUCCAGCUCCUGCUGGGAGUCGUCGGGGCUCCGCUGAUUCCGUCACCAAUUAAAGCCGAUCGUACCUUGAAUGAAAGCAUCAAAGGCUUUCCCAUUGAGAGCGCCAUGGCUAAAUACAUAGUGCAGCAGUACAUCGCAGCAGCCGGCGGAGAACACGCCCUCGAUUCCAUCGACAGUAUGUAUGUAAUGGGGAAGGUGAGAAUGGCGGCAUCUGAAUUCGUGGGAGGAGCCGACAAUGGUGUCAAGAAUUCGAGGGCGGCGAAGACAAAGAAUAUGAAGUCCGGCGCCGGACACGUCGGCGGAUUCGUUCUGUGGCAGCAAAGGCCUGAUUUAUGGAGCCUAGAAAUGAUCCUCUCCGGCUGCAAAAUAAGCGCCGGAAGCAACGGAAAGGUUGCGUGGCGGCAGACCCCCUGGCAAAACUCCCACGCCUCCCGCGGCCCCCCUCGUCCCCUCCGGCGAUCCCUGCAGGGGCUUGAUCCGCGGCUGACGGCGAAUCUGUUCUCCAACGCUAUCUGCAUCGGGGAGAAGGCAAUCAACGGCGAGGAUUGCUUCGUGCUGAGGCGCGAAGUCGAGGUGUUGGCGCUGAAGGCGAGAAGCAGCAACAAUGUGGAGAUAAUGAAGCACACUAUAUGGGGGAGCUUCAGCCAGAGAACGGGGCUGUUGGUCCAGCUAGAGGACACUCAUUUGCUGCGAAUUAAGACACGGGAAAAUGUUGUUAUGUGGGAGACAACAAUGGAGUCAGUGAUUAGAGAUUACCGGACAAUCAAUGGCGUCAAUAUAGCACAUUCCGGCAGGACUCAGGUAUCGCUGUUCCGGUACGGGGAGGGGUCGGAAAGCCAUACCAGGACGAGGAUGGAGGAAGUGUGGAGUGUAGAGGAAGUGGACUUUAAUGUCAGGGGAUUGUCCAUGGACUUCUUCCUGCCUCCAGCAGACCUGAAAAGAGAAGAUCAAGAAAACCAUCAGAAUGAAAAUGAAAAAUCAUGUGGUGUGUUUGGGGAAGAGAAAAUGAAGAAAAACAGGGGAUUAGGAUUCAGGAGCAAGGUCAAUAAUGGCGGAAAAGGGGUGAAAAUUGUUGCUGUCGAGGAAGACAAUUUGGGGUAAAUAUAAAGCAUGAGAUGUAAAUUGUGCAGCAGAAAAGUCAUGUUUCAGUUCUGUAGAUAUUAUAGUUCACUGUAAUGCAAGUAGUUUUGCUCUAUACGGACGCUAUGGAACAAUCUAGAAGGAAAUGUCAGUUCCAGUGCACAAAAUUAACCAUACCUAGCCGGAGGUGGAGUCGACGGCCGGCCACUCGGCGGCGCACCUGUUAAUGCCAAAUUAGACUUCAGUAGAUAACACUGUGCUUGUCAUAUACAAAUCAAUGGCGAUAAAUGUUCAAUUGCAACACAAACCUCAGGAAUUGGGGAAUAGAUGAAGGUUCAGAAACAGAACAAACCUCCAAUCCAGUAGUUGGAAUGCAAAAUCCACAUUAUCAAUUACAGGCUUCAAUUAUAUGAUAUCUCUACUUGCAAUACUUCUGAAGAAAUGAUGAGAUAGAAAUUGUGCAAGGAAGGAAUUGAAGAAAUUAUACCGGUUCAAAAGCAACACCAAUAUCACAUACAACACUCAACACAUCGAUCCAAACACAGAUCCAUUACAGAGAGGCAAUAGACAUUAUUCAAGCCAAACACACCGACGCGAGACAAGGAAACGAGCAACGGAAAUGGAAAUGACAAGCAGGAAAUUGUAUGUA